AUGGUGUUGAAUGAUUGUCCGGACUCGGACGUAAUUGGUUGUGGAUUCAGUGCGUUUAAGGAAAUUGAUGAAGUGAUAGCUUUGAUUUCGGAAUUGAAGAAAGCUGAUCUUUCUUCGAGUCUUGUUGAAAAAAAUCGAGAUCGUUUCAACUUUAUCUUGUCGCAGUAUCAGGAUCAAAGGCAAUUACUGGAUCCAUAUUUAGAUGACAUUCUACAACCACUGAUUGGUAUCAUCAAAGAUGAAAAUUCUACAGAGAGCAUGCAGCAUAAUGCUUUCAAAUAUAUUUUUGUUGUUAUGUCAGUCAAGACGUACAAAAACAUUGUUACGUAUCUCCCACACGAGGUGACAGAUCUCCUUCCUGUUUUGCGGAUGCUGGAAAAGCAAGAUAUAAAUGAUGUAGAAACAUGGGAAACUCGCUAUGUACUUCUGAUUUGGCUUUCUAUCAUUUCAAAGAUACCGUUUCCACUAUCGCGGCUGGAAGUCUCUGAUGUGACAUUAGAAGAAUCGAUAAUAGUCAGAAUUAUAAAGAUAUGUAAACUAUUUUGCUUGUCAAAGGAUGCUUGUGCGGUAGCUGCAGUUUUCUUAAUUGCCAAUUUCUUAACAAGAUCAGACGUUAAAAACGUAUAUUUGGGAGAAAUGAUAAUUUGGAGUUUACAGUGCGUGGAAGAUGACCCCUUAAGACACGGUCCUUUAGCCGUUAUAGCGGCGAUAUUAAAACACAACGCAAGAGAAGACGUUAAACCGCACAUCCAAAUAAUUUUAGACAAAGUUUUACAGUUCCAUUUGAACGAUAAUCCCGCCGAUCUCAUUCGGAAGUUCGGGAUAAAGAUUGUACAAAGAAUUGGUUUGGUAUUAUUAGGAACAAAAUUAGCUUCAUGGAGAUAUCAGAAAGCUAGUAGACCAAUAUCCUUGCUACCAAAUGCUAAAAAUAGUAAUACUAUAGAAAGCGUAGAAGAAGCUAAAAAUAUUCCGUUUUAUCACGACGAUCAGGAUAUUCCACCGGCGAUAGAAGAUAUUAUCGAGCAACUUAUACAAGGGCUCAGAGAUAAAGUAAUUACAAUACGGUGGUCUGCUGCAAAAGGAAUUGGUAGAAUAACAGCAAGAUUACCAAUAGAUUUAGCAGACGAAGUAGUAGGAUUUGUAUUAAACCUUUUCUCUGGUCGAGAAUCAGAUUCUGCCUGGCACGGUGGUUGCUUAGCAUUAGCAGAAUUAGGACGGCGCGGACUUCUUUUGCCUCAUCGAUUAAAGGAUGUGAUACCAGUUGUUGUUCAGGCAUUGGUAUUCGAUGAACCACGUGCUUAUGGAUCAAUUGGAUACUUGAUCAGAGAUGCUGCCUGUUACGUUUGUUGGUCAUUCGCAAGAGCAUACGAUUCUGAUAUUUUUCAACCCUACGUAAAAGAGAUUGCAGCUAUGUUAUUAGUUGUUACUUGUUUCGAUAGAGAAAUUAAUUGUAGAAGAGCCGCCUCCGCGGCGUUUCAAGAGAAUGUGGGUAGACAGGGUAACUUUCCCCACGGAAUAGAAAUACUUACUAUUGCUGAUUAUUUCGAAGUUGGUGUUAGAAAUCAUGCAUACUUAAAGAUUAGUACGCAAAUUGCACAGUAUGAAGAAUAUACAAAACCUCUGAUCGAUCAUUUAGUCACAAGAAAAGUAACUCAUUGGGAUACAGCACUUAGAGAACUUUCGGCCAAGGCUCUAUUUAAUUUAACCCCUAUAGAUCCAAAUUACAUUAAAGACACAGUUUUACCAAACUUAUUAGAUAUGUUAAAUUCUAUCGACUUAAAUAUCAGACACGGUGCGGUAUUGGCUAUUGCAGAGAUAUUGGAAGCAUUGCACAAUUGUUUUAAUGACAACAUUGAAAAUAUCAUUGGGGCGUCAGCGGUAGAAAAUAUAAGAAAUAUAGUGAGCACUUUUAGAAAAAGAGGGCAAUUCAAAGGUCUUGGAGGAGAGUUAAUGAAGCAAGCUUGUGCUGUACUUAUAAAGAAAUGCUCUAUCGUUCAUUUUCCAAUAUCCAGGGAAAUGAUUUAUGACUGGCAGGAUCUUUUAGAAGAAUGUUUGAGCCAUGAAGUAUCCACGGUAAAAAUAAAAGCUGCCGAAACUCAUACAGAAUUUUUUCGAAAAUAUUAUGCCAAUCUAGAUAGCGAAGACCGUAAUGCUGUAAUUAAUCGUUAUCUCGAUAAUUUGCAAUCAAACAAUCAGUUGGUCCGAAUUGGUUUUGCACAGGCCAUAGGAUAUUUUCCUUUAUUCAUACUUUGUGAAAGAAUAAAAGAUAUAAUAGAGGCUCUGAUUAAGUGUAUUGAAAUAUCAGCGAGUACUUUGAAAUGGGCAGAGAGUAGAAAAGAAGCUAUCCAUGCUUUGAUAAUGGUCUGUCAAACUUUAGGAGUUAAAGAAGCUGAUAAGUGGCAGGCAUUCGUACCCGACUUGUAUCGUUGUUAUUUGUUAGCAUUGAAGGAGUAUACAAUAGAUAGUCGUGGAGAUAUAGGAGCUUGGGUACGAGAAGCAGCUAUGAACGGCUUACAUAUGCUAACGAAUUUAGUGUCACAAGCAAAGCUAGUCUCAGUAUUAAACGAGGAGCUAAUGGCAAAUAUUAUUGGAGGAAUUGCACAGCAAGCUGUUGAAAGAAUUGAUGGAAUUCGAGCACAAGCUGGAAUUGUUUUCAGUGCGCUUAUUCACAGUGAUCCUCCUCUACCGAACAUUCCGUAUCACGAGGAAUUAAAAACUAUUUUCCCUUAUGACGAGUGUAAAGAAAGUAUGGAAUGGCGAAUGGAAUCUGCUACUUUUCCACGAUUUAUUAAGAUGUUAUCUUAUCCUCCGUACACGAUGAAUCUCUUACGAGGAAUUGUAUUUAGUGUCGGAGGCUUAAGUGAAUCUUUGGUUAAACAUUCUAGCGUUUCUUUAUUUUCUUAUUUACAAGAAAUAGAUGAAUUAGGCCUGACAAAUUUAUGUUAUAAGAUUUUACAAAUUUUUGAAGAAAGUCAUAAAAAUGAAAGAAUGAUUACGUCCAUGCUGGCCUUUUUGGAUCGUUUACUUAGUUCCGGAUGUAUACAAAUUGUUCUUGAUGAUUCUAAGAAUGGAAUUGCGGAACGAAUUUUAAUACUACUUAAGGUUGAAAUUAAAAAUACAAGCAAUACCAAGUUGGUAAUCAGCAGUAUAAAUGUUUUUUGUCAGCUUUUGCAGAUACAUGGACCAGUAGCGAAGAGAGCAUUUUGCCAACUGAGCAUCUUUCUUUGUCAUAAGUACAGGUGCAUACGAAAGGUUGCUGCUACAAAAACCUACGAAGCUUUAACUCUAUACGGAGAAGAAAUGGACCUUUCGGAAGAGGAGUUAACUAAACUUUUGACUAAAUUAAAUGUUACCGAUUGGGAACAACCGGUAUCCGAACUUCGAUCAAUCAGGAAUGAUCUUUGUGAUUUAAUGAAAGUACCUGCUCCUAUUGUGCAAACUAAACUAACGAACUGA